GCCAUGGCCGUGCGGGCGCUGGUGUGCGGCGUCUGCCUGUGCGCCUGGGCGCGCCGCAGCGGGGCCCCGACGCCCCCCCCGAAGGGCCCCCCCCGACGACCCCGGGCGCUGGCGGCAGCUGAUCCGCUGGGGAGACAACGGGCAGGUGUUCAGCCUGCUCAACUCGGGCGCCGAGUAACUGCCGGCCGGGGCCCGCCCGCGGGUGCUGCUGGCCGCCCCGGCCCCGGCCCCGGCCCCGGCCCCGCGCCGCAGCCCCGGCGGCCCCCGCCGACGCCAGGCCCCGGCCCUGCCCUGCCGGGCCGCGCGGGCUCCGACACGGUGCGCGGCCAGGCGCGGCACCCGUUCGGCUUCGGCCAGGUGCCCGACAACUGGCGCGAGGCGGCGGUGGCGGCGGCGGACGGCGCGGGGGCCUGGCGCGCGCGCGCACCGCCGUCGCCCCGUCCUCGGCCGCCGCCGCCGCCUCCUCGGCCCUUCGCCUUCCUGCGCCCGGCCGCGCCGCCGCCGCCGCCCUACGCGCCCUACCCGCGCGCGCCGCCCUUCGUCGGCCACUACGAGCACUACGACCCCGCGGCGCGGGCCUACGAGCGCGGCUUCGUCUACUUCCGCGGCGGGGGCGGCGGGGGCGGCGCGGGGGCCCUGGCCGCGGCCGCGGCGGGCGUCGUCUACCCGGGGCGCUACGACGACCCGGGCGGCGGGGAGGAGCAGCCCGAGCUCCCCCGCCCGGGCCCCCCCCGAGCCGCGGCCCUGGGGCGCGCCGGCCGACGGCCUGGACCGCCGCUUCGCGCACAGCCUCUACAGCGGCGAGCGCGCCGACGCCGCCCUCGCGCUCCCGGACCCGGCCGCCGCCCCCGACGGCCUCGCCUGCCGCCCCCGGCCCGCGCGCCCGAGCCCCCCUACCUGCCGGUGCGCAGCGGCCCCGACGCCGCCGACCGCGGCCGCCUCAGCGUGGGCAGCGUCUACCGCCCCGCCCCGAACGGGGGCCGAGCUAAGGGGACCGGCCCGCGAGCGGCUGGGCCCGACCCCGCCACCUCGCUCUCCUCCGCCUGCAGCCAGGCUCCAGUGAACCAAAAGAAAAGCCAGACGCAGAGGCCUGGCUGA